GGGCCUGUUGGUAGCUUGUGUGAAAUAACUAGAAUGGCGAAGGAAGUGGAAACUGUUGUAAAGAGUAAAAAUGGCUUCUUCUUGUUCACGGAAGCUGCUUCUACUUCGCAAAUCGCUAUGCAGAGCUCUCAAACCUAAUUCUUCUUCAUUAAUACAAAGAUCAUUUCUUUCUGCUUCUACGCAUAAAUAUCUUCUAGAACCUUCGACCAUUAUAUCCAAAUCGUUACUUUCAGAAGUUUGUAGAAGCUAUUGUUCCCGCUCGUCACCUCUUCAAGAUGCUUCUGAAGGUCCUGCUGCUAUCGAUUACCGAUCUCUGCUGCAGGAAGAUGAGUAUCACAGACUGGCUAAUGCCACUAUCCAUGACUUGCUAGAUAAGUUGGAGGAAUAUGGGGACUCAGUUGACAUUGAUGGUUUUGAUGUGGAUUAUGGGAAUGAGGUUUUAACGCUGAAGCUUGGGAGCCUGGGAACCUACGUGAUAAACAAACAGACGCCAAAUAGGCAGAUUUGGAUGUCUUCACCAGUGAGUUUCGAUAUUCAGAUACCCGCCCAGCCCCAAUCUCCAUUGUGUUCACGAAACAUUCUUGUUGCAGCGGUCCCUCAAGGUUUGAUUGGGAUCAGAGCUCACAAGGUUGGAUCUAUAGGCGAACCAAGGCAAACCUGCAAAAGGUUUUGGAAGACGAACUAGAAAAACUAUGCGGAAGUGCCAUUACUCUUUCUUGAGACAUCGCGAUUUUUUUUGUGUCUUUAGUUGUACUGUUUCUAAUAUGAUUUACAUGUCUGGAAUAAAUAAGCUAUUUUUCCCAAACAGAUAGCGACUCAAAUUUUUCUCUUGUAAAUUAUAAAUCUUUACCUAAAACUAUUUACAUAUAUGAUUCAUGGAGAAUGGCAAACGUGAUUUUAUGGUUGUUA